CGCUUUGGCGCCGAAGGGCGUGUCCAGAAAGCAUGCGCAGGGCAAAGCCUCGGCUCACAGUGUCCAAUGAGGAUACAGGAACCGUGUGUGGGCGUGGUCAAGUGUCUGUUCGAAGCUGAGGCGGGGCUGCAAAAAGAUGGCCGCUCGGCCGAGGCGGCGUUGUCACUCACUUUAUGCGAUGCUGUCGCAGGGUAACGUUUGUGAUGGCGCCAAGAAUUCAACUGAGGAACUCUCUUGUACAACUUCUAUGGAGUGGGACACGCAGGUGGUGAACGGGUCCUCGCCGCUUGGCCCCGCAGGCUUGGGGGCGGAGGAACAGCCGUGCAGACCGCAGCUGCCGUCGUGGCUGCAGCCCGAGAGGUGCGCCGUGUUCCAGUGUGCACAGUGCCACGCAGUACUCGCUGACUCUGUGCACCUCGCCUGGGACCUGUCGCCGUCCCUCGGGACCGUGGUAUUCUCCAGAGUCACAAACAACGUGGUUUUGGAAACUCCCUUCCUAGUUGGCAUUGAAGGUUCGCUCAAAGGCAGCAUUUACAACCUUUUAUUCUGUACUUCCUGUGGGAUUCCCAUUGGUUUCCAUUUGUAUUCUACCCAUGCUGCUCUGGCUGCCUUGAGAGGUCACUUCUGCCUUUCCAGUGACAAAAUGAUAUGCUAUCUCUUAAAAACAAAGGCCAUAGUAAAUGCAUCUGAGAUGGAUAUUCACAACUUAUCUCUACCAGAAAAGAUUGCAGAGCUGAAAGAGAAGAUAAUGUUAACUCAUACUCACUUAAAUUCACUGAUGAAGAUUCUGAAGGAAGUAACUCCUGACCAGCCCAAGCCAGAAAACUGAUCCAGAAUCAGAGUUUAAGUAUUAGGGUCGGUAAAUAAAUAAAUUAAUAAAUAAAUUUUUUUUUUAAAGUAUCAGGGUGAGUCCUUGUUGCUGUCUUCAACAACAGGUGCUAUUUUAUCAAUUCGCAAGAAAGAUUGGCUUCAAGAAUGGAUGAGAAAUGUGGUUUAUUAGGAUUUUGUCUAGGCCGAUUGUCCAGAUGAUUUGUGAAGCCUGUUCUAGAAGAUGAGAAACUAAAGAGCCUUCUGUCUAGCUUUUGUUUGCUUGUUUUAAUGUUUAUAUAUUUUGACAGAGUGAGCAAGCAUGAGCGGGAGAGGGGCAGAGACAGAGAAUCCCAAGCAGGUUCCACACUGUGCUGUCAACGCGGAGCCUGGCAUGGGGCUGGCUCCCACAACUGUGAUAUCAUGACCUGAGCCGAAAUCAAGAGUCAGACACUUAACCAACUGAGCCUCCCUGGCCCACCCUGUCUAGGUUUUAUAGCUAUUUGUCUUAAGAACUGAUUUUAGCUUGUAAAUUUCAUAAAUGUUUAUUUCUGAAACCCUCUUUUGCUGCAAAUUUAGGUUGAUGGGGAGGCAAUGUCCCGUGAAUGCUCUGAUAUAAAGAUGUACAGUUGUUAGGUAAAGAAUGAGAAACCACUUUUUUUCUUAUGUAAAAUACAGGUACAUACAUAUUUUAUAGGUAAUAUUCAAUAAGUUAACUGGAAAAUAUACAAUUUAUCUUUCUCUUUUCAUUUCUAAAUUGAGCUUAACCAGGUAAUAAAGGAAUGAUAAACAUUCACCAAAAUGCUGUUUUUUCAUAUUUUGCUUUAUGUAGCACAUGGGCUCAGUAGCUUAUCAUAUUAUUCAAUAAAGAUAUUAUACUAGCUUCUGGGGAUAACAGUUAAGCCAAAACAGCCACUCUCUACCUGCACAGAGCUUAUUGUCUCAACAGAGAUUGACAUUCAAAUAACCACAUCAAUACAUGUGAAAUUACUAGUGUAGUAAGGAUUUUGAAGAAAAGGGACAUAGAGCUACAAGCACAUACAGCAUGUAACGGACCUGGUCUGGAGGUCAAGAAAGACCUCUCUGAGGAAGUGACAUUUCAGCAGUGGUCUUACAGAGUAGGAGUUAAUUAGGUAAUGGAGGGAGAAACGUGCAAAGGCCCUAUAUGGUCCAUAAAAGAAGGCCUGCAGGAGUUACACCAGUGGUCAGAAACCAGCGGUGCGAGGACUUACUGUCCUCCUGAAGGAUGGUGGUUGUUAUCACAAGAACAGUGGAAGCCCUUGAAGAAUUUUAGAGGAGGCCUGUGAUAGGAUUGGUUUUACUUUUGUAGAACCUUAUUAUGGUUGUCUUGUGGAGAAUGGGUUAUAGGUUCAGCAAGCAGACCACUGAGGGACUGGCAAGAGCACAAUUGAGACAUGAUAUAGCCAGGUUGACUUGGUUCAGCUGUAGCUAGCAGCAUUUUUUAAAAAAUUUUUUCCAUUUUAUACUACAUAAAGGACAUUUCCCUUUAAAAGUAUUUUAAAUUUGGGAUGCCUGGGUGGCUCAGUUGGUUGAGUGUCCAACUCUUGAUUUCGGCUCAGGUCAUGAUCUAGAGCUGUGGGAUCAAGCCCUGUAUCUGGUUCCACACUAAGCAUGGAGCCUGCUUAAAAUUCUCUCUCUCUCUCUCUCUCUCUCUCUCUUUCUUCUGCCCCUGCCGUUUGCACCCUCUCGCUCUAAAAAUUAAAAAUUUUAAACAAAA